CAGCAUUCUCCCUAGGAGGCCGAGCUGCUUUCUUUGGCUCACGGAAAUUUCCGACAUUGAGUACAACGCGGGACGGGAUCCUCCUCCUCCGCUGGUCUUCUGCUGGGGGCACGAGAAGGCGACACCUGCUAGGGCUUCGUGAUCCUAUUUCCCACUUACCCGAGAUGCCUGGAAAAUAUACGAUCACCUAUUUCCCCGUACGCGGGCGCUGCGAGGCCAUGAGGAUGUUGCUGGCUGAUCAGGGACAGGAGUGGAAAGAGGAUGUGGUAACCAUGGAGAUUUGGACCAAGGGAGACCUCAAGAAAUCUUGUGUCUUUGGCCAGCUGCCUAGAUUUCAGGAUGGAGACUUUCUGCUGUAUCAGUCCAACGCGAUCCUGCGCCACUUGGCAAGGAAUCACGGACUCUAUGGUCAAGAUGCCCGUGAAGCGACGCUGCUGGACAUGGUGAAUGAUGGAGUGGAGGACCUGCGUAUUAAAUAUGGCCGCCUCAUCUAUCAAAACUAUGAGGGUGGCAAAGCUGACUAUAUUAAGGCCUUGCCAGGAGAGCUGCGUCCUUUUGAGAACCUUCUGGCUCAGAAUGAUGGUGGGAAGACCUUCAUUGUAGGCAAACAGAUCUCCUUUGUUGACUACAACCUGCUUGAUUUAUUAAAUGUGCAUUUGGUCCUGGCCCCUGACUGCCUGGCUUCCUUACCCCUGCUGGCUAGCUAUGUGCAGCGGCUCAAUGCCCGGCCACUCCUCAAAGCUUUCUUGGAGUCUGAUGCCCACAAGCAGCGCCCCAUCAAUGGGAAUGGCAAGCAAUGAAAUGGAUUCCUUCACCAAGAUGCAGCUUUUCUGGUGACCUCUGGGUGCUUUGUAGUUUUGUAUACACUGAUGUUAAUGAAGCUAGUUUCAAUAAAGAGUUCUGCACAUCUUUGCUUGGUAGGGAAAGUAACUAAAUUCAGCAGAAGCCCACUGCAAUCAAGAGGAGAUGUGAUUAAUUUUCUAGAGCCAAGUGUCUUAUUAUAAUUGUUGUGGUUACUAUUGUUAUUUGAACGAACCCAGGGCGGCAUAUAUAGUGAAGCCAUAAACUAGGAUUUAUAGCUCUUGUAGCUUCAGAAGUGCAGCACAAGACAACUAAGGGUGAACAUAGGCAAGAUUUGAUCAUAAAUCUCCCACUUUAAAAAGAAGUACAGUAAAUGCAGGAGCUCCUGCCUUUAGAUGAAGGCGGGGGGGUGAUUAUUCCCUCCCCCC